ACCAUACACUUGGGGGGGUUCCCAAUCCGACUUCUUAGGCGGGUGGUUCUGAUGCGGCCAGUCGUUUAACGACCGAAACGAAUUCAAGUCGCGCAAGUGGUACCCUACCGUUAGUAGUACCGCUCGAUGAAGAACGUAGUAGUAUUAUAAUCGGGUCUGAUAUUACGCUAUCGCGUGGGUGGUUGUAUUUGAUUGAUAGUACUUUCUUCGUAUAAGUGCGUGUUUAUUGAACCCUGAACUGAACAUUAGUGCUGGGCGUUGAAAUUGUUUUUGAAGGAGAUAAGGAUGGAUUUCUGGAGGAAAAAUGAGCUCCAUAUAUGGACAUUUCUAUUAGUGCUACUUAAAAUAAAUCUAGUGUUUUCCAUCGUACAAUACCAACCAUUAGAAUUAGGACUCGACAAUGGAGAAUGUGCUCUGUUGCUAAGCGGCCCAGCUCGAAGCGCUCAGUUUGAUUAUACCUUCAAUCUGCUGCGUGGUACUAAUUUGGAUUACAAUGGACCAAAUACUUGCAUUACCUAUGACGCAAUCAAUGCUGCCUAUCUUGAUGCUAGAAAAAGAAUACGUGUAGCACAGCCACACGGUGACUGGAAACCUGAGGAUGUCGCAACAGUGGGCGAAGUACUUUUUGAUGUUUCCGUAAAUUUGGCAAAAACUUACGGCUUAAGCUACGAGGACAUCGAAAAAGGAUUGCCCCUGAUCGAUACGAGCAAAACGCUGAUUCGAGAGAUAUGUCCUCCGUUUAUGUCAAACGUGGAAUGUCGUGCGGGAAAGUAUAGAAGAUUUGAUGGACUGUGCACGAAUUUGGAGCAUCCAACAUGGGGUGCUACCAACACACCAUUUACUAGACUUAUGGGUCCACUUUUUGCUGAUGGAAUGUCCGACCCUCGCAUCAGUAUAACCGGUGGUCCCCUGCCAGGCUCUCGUAUCGUAUCACGUACAAUGCACGCCGAUCUAGGAUAUCACGACCAUGCAGGUACAGUCAUGAUCAUCGCCUGGGGUCAAUUCAUGGAUCACGACUAUACUCUUACCGGUUCACCAUUGGACCCGUUUAACAGAAAUGACCCAGAAGAAUGUUGCGGGAAACCUCCCCAUCUCAAACAUCCCUACUGCAACGAGAUUCAUAUUCCCGAAGACGACUAUUUCUACAGUUUGUUCAACGUAAAGUGUAUUAACUUUAUCAGAUCGUUCCCUGGUGUACGACCUGGAUGCAGACUAGGCUCGAAAAUACCUUAUAACACUUUGACAGGUGUCCUGGAUGGCAACACCGUGUAUGGAGUAACUGAACACUUUUCCAGAAAACUUCGUGAAGGUCACAGUGGUUUAUUGAGGAUGAACCCAGCUUUUCACGAAUACGGACUGAAAGAUUUGCUCCCAUUAAAAUUAGACAUUCCUGAUGAAGGGUGUACCAGACCAAAUGCUAGCAUGUACUGUUUUGAAGCAGGUGAAAUUAGAGUAAAUGAACAACUUAUACUGACCGUGAUGCACACCUUAAUGGCCAGAGAGCACAACAGAGUAGCCAGAGAACUAGCUGCUGUCAAUCCUCAUUGGGAUGAUGAAACCCUAUUCCAGGAAGCCAGAAGAGUCAAUAUUGCUAUCAUCCAGCAUAUCACAUACAACGAAUUCUUGCCCAUUUUGCUUGGAAAGGACGUCAUGGAUAAGUUUGGAGUCUUGUUACAGAAGGAUGGUUAUUGGAAUGGACAUGAUCCCAGUGUCAACCCCAAUGUAAUAGAUGCCUUUGCAGCUGCUGCUUACAGAUUCGGGCAUUCUCUGUUACCUACAGCCGUUGAAAGAUGGAGCAAAGCCCAUAAAUUUAUUGCUUCAAAACGUCUAUCUGACCUCAUUCGCCGACCUUACGACUUGUACAGGGCCGGAGUCCUGGACGAGUACAUCAUGGGCCUGAUGAACCAGGUGGCCCAAGCUAUGGACGACUCCAUCACCCAGGAGGUGACCAAUCACCUGUUUAAGAAAGUGGGAGCCAGGUUCGGUAUGGACUUGGUCAGUUUCAACAUGCAGCGAGGCAGGGAGUUCGGUAUUCCUGGAUAUAUGGAGUACCGGAAGUUCUGUGGCCUACCACCGAGUAAUACUUUCGAGGAGAUGUUUGGAUCGAUGCCCAAUGAGACUGUGACGAAGUUUUCAUCGAUAUUCCAACAUCCAGCUGAUAUAGACUUAUGGUCUGGAGGUGUAUCUGAAAGGCCACUACCAGGUAGCAUGUUAGGUCCAACUUUCGCUUGUAUCAUAGCUACUCAGUUCAGUUAUUCAAGAAGAGGAGACAGAUUUUGGUAUGAACUGCCUAAUCAGCCAUCCAGUUUUACACUAGAACAAUUACAAGAAAUUAGAAAAGCGAGACUAGCAAGAAUUAUUUGCGACAAUACUGACUUGAUUGAUACUAUACAACUUUAUCCAAUGGUGUUACCAGAUCAUGAAAUUAAUCCACGUGUGCCUUGCAAGAGUCAAAUUAUACCAAGCAUGGAUUUCUCGAAAUGGGCAGAGUUUCCACAUCAAGCAUUCUUCGAUCCUUUAGGAAAAAAAUAAUAAUGACAUCAACUCUCCAGUUGCCAUAGCUUAAAACUAUUUAUUAAUAGAACCAUUAAGAAUAUUAGGAUUUUAAAAGAAUCAUGAAAUUUUUGAAAAAUUUCAAAAAGAUGAAAUAGACAAAUUUGAACGAUUUUAAAAAUAGUUCUCCAAAUAGUGCCAAACAGUGUAAAAAUCAAUAUACAGGGUGACUGAAACUUAAUUUAUGGAUAUGAUAUAUUACAUGUUACUAAAAAAACUAUAUUUUAAUACUAUCGACUGUAAAUCACCCUGUGUAUCUUAGAUAUCUGAAAGUAUGAAGAAAAUGAAGAAAAAUAAUCCAGUAUAAAUGCAUUUAUGGCCAUAUUCAAAUGCCAUUAUUUUCUCUUCCAAUUAUAAGUCUGUUCUACAUCAGUAUAAAUAUAGUUUAAAUGUACCACUCAGUAUAUAAAGUUGAAAAACUGCCGCAUGUUUAACUUAAGCCCUGUACAUUUGUGUAAAAUUAUAAAUAAGUAAUUUAAUUAUAGUACUA